AUGCCUCGCGAAAUCCAGGAUAUCAAGAACUUCAUUGAGGUUUGCAGACGCAAGGAUGCUUCCUCUGCUCGCAUCAAGCGCAACAAGAAGACUUCGACUGUCAAGUUCAAGGUCCGCUGCCAAAAAUACGUCUACACUCUCGUCUUGAAGGAUUCCGAGAAGGUUGAGAAGCUCAAGCAAUCGCUGCCACCUAGUAAGGACCCACCAAGACCGCAGACUCGCAUCCCAAUCCAAUGCCUUGUUCGAAAUACAAGCUUGACUAACCUACAAAUCAAAGGUCUCACAAUCGCCGACACACCAAAGAAGAACGCAAAGGGCAAGAGACAAGCAUAG